AUGCGAGCCACCCCUCUGACUGCUCCUGAGGGCACCCCCUCCAGGAAGAAACGGUUAGAGUUGGACAGUGACCUAGAAGCCAAGUGCCCCGCCCAGAAACGGACUCGAAGCCUGCCCCAGCCCUGGCUGCCCCCGUGCCUGCAGCCCCUGAGCCCACCUCCGGCUCCUGAUCCGGCACCUGCUGAGGCUGCUGCCUCCCGACUUGGACCCUAUGUGCUCCUGGAGCCCGAGGAGGGUGGACGGGCCUACCGUGCCCUGCACCGCCCCACAGCCACUGAGUACACCUGCAAGGUGUACCCGGCCAGGGAGGCCCUGGUGGUGCAGGAGCCCUAUGCCCGGCUGCCCCCACAUGAGCACGUGGCCCGGCCCUCGGAUGUCUUGGUGGACACUCAGUUCCUCUAUGCCUUUUUUCCACGUUCCCACGGGGACAUGCACAGCCUGGUACGUGGCCGCCGCCGUCUCCCUGAGCCCGAGGCCGCUGCCCUCUUCCGCCAGAUGGCCGCCGCCCUGGCACACUGCCACCAGCACGGACUAGUCCUACGGGAUCUCAAACUGCGCCGUUUUGUCUUCUCCAACAGUGAGAGGACGAAGCUGGUGCUGGAGAACCUGGAGGACGCGUGCGUGCUGAGCGGGCCUGACGACAGCCUGUGGGACAAGCGCGCCUGCCCGGCCUACGUGGGGCCCGAGAUCCUCAGCUCGCGGGCCUCCUACUCCGGCAGAGCGGCGGAUGUCUGGAGCCUGGGCGUGGCGCUCUUCACCAUGCUGGCUGGCCACUACCCCUUCCAGGACUCGGAACCCGCGCUGCUCUUUACCAAGAUCCGGCGAGGGGCCUUCGCCCUGCCCGAGGGCCUCUCGGCCUCAGCCGGCUGCCUGAUCCGCUGCCUCCUCCGCCGGGAGCCGGCUGAGCGGCUCACGGCCACGGACAUCCUGCUGCACCCCUGGCUGCGGGAGGACCCGCGCCCCGGAGCCCCAUCCCGGUCCCGAUACCAGGAGACUGACCAGGUGGUCCCUGAUGGUCCAGGCUCUGAGGAGGCUGAGGAAGAGGAAGGAGCCAGGGAAGUGGGUCUGUAUGGCUAG